GAGUUUUCGAAUCGCAGAAUCGCGCCGGAUGCUUUCGAAGGAACGUACAUGACGGUUUUAUCUUUAGACGUUAGAGAUUCUUCUAAGACGAUAAGGCGUUUGUGGUUGAAAGAUUGUCAGAAGUUCGAACGAGUUGACGCAUGCGACAUGUUACGAAAGUUCAGUUGACAAUUACAUUCGCGAAGGAUGGGCGGUGGUCGAAACAUUAGAAUAGGCAUCGUCCUCGUAUAUUCUUAUUUUUUAUUUCUGACGAUGGAAAUGUCAGAUUCGUCGAAUUCGUUUUUAUCUUUAAAACCAGAAGAUACUUCCGAUAGAAAUCUUUCGAGAACGAGCGCGAUCGAUUACUCUCAUCGAUGUCUUUCGUCUAAUGAAAAUUUUAUUCCAUUUUGUCUACCCUUAUGCUGUCACUGGAAUCAUAUCUUGAUAAAUAACACGUGUGUGAUGGCGAACAAGACUGCUAAAUUUCCGCCAGUUUACGAUGCCGAUAGCUUCGAUUUAACCGAUUUAAUUGUAGACGAAACUAACUUUCGUUUCUUCGUGCACGAUCCUUGUAACGGGAUCUCUAUAGCGGAUUCUAGCAGGUGUCUCAUGGAAGAUGAGUUCUUACUUUUGCAAAAUGGUUCGAUCUAUAUACUAAAUCAAACUAUAAUUAAUCAAGUGGAUUAUUGUUUCGGUAUUUACAAACGCGAUCAAUACGAAGUGAUAGAAUGCUGUACAUACGCUGACGAAGGAAGUUUUAACGGCAGACUCAAGAGAUUUUUUAUUAUUUGCCUAAUAAUAUCAUUACUAUUUCUGUUUAUAACCUUUGUUAUUUAUUCUAUAAUACCAGAACUGAAUAAUAUGCAUGGUCGUACUCUACGCGUUUAUACUAGUACUCUCUUUUUCGCUUAUCUCUUUCUUGUGAUAGUACAAACAUCUUCGGAAGAUAUUAUCUCGUCAACUUGGUGCAUCGUUAUCGCUUUCUUUAUGUAUUUCUUCUUUUUGGCAAGUUUUUACUGGUUGAACGUCAUGUGUUUCGACAUUUGGUGGACAUUUGGAGGAUUUCGAGCAUUAAGGGGCAGUAUGAAACAAAGAGAUCAAAAAAAAUUUAUAAUAUACUCUAUUUAUGCUUGGGGAGUUGCAUCGUUAUUCACAGGUAUAUGCUUGAUUAUGGACUUUGCUCCUAAUAUUCCAGAAGGUUCUAUUCGCCCCCAAUUGGGAGCGGAAAGAUGCUGGUUUAAAUAUAACACAGCGACGAAUAUUUAUUUUAUUGGACCUAUGACAAUAUCAGUUUUCUGCAAUCUAUGUCUAUUUAUCUCAACUGCUUUAAAGAUUCAACAACAUAAAAGAGAUACGGCUCAUCAUUUAAGAAGUAGUGAAAGUAGACGCCAUGACGAUAAUAAGCAAUGGUUUAAUUUGUACUUGAAGUUGUUCAUUGUAAUGGGUAUCACCUGGUCAACGGAAAUCAUAUCCACGUUAUGGAAAGGAUCUGAUAAUUAUAUUUGGUACAUAACAGACGUGGUGAAUACUUUACAGGGUUUGAUCAUUUUCAUAACGCUCGUUUGCAAAGAAAAAAUUAAGCGUUUAUUACUUAAAAGAUUUGGAUAUAACGAUAAUAAAUUUUUUUCGAGAAACUCUACUCGAAGCGUUUAUCACAGCUCAGCGUCUCGUACUACUUGUACAACAUCAAGUGGUUUACCUCUUCAAGAUAAAGUCAAUGCAAAUAUUCGACGUGAGCCAUUUGGCACGAGUAAAGAAAGUGCUGAAGAAAGCGAUUGUCCUUAAAAUACACAAUAAUAGUGAUCGAAUAUUAUAAAAAAUCAGUUGUGAUCUAUAAAAUACGUUCGUUGAUGAGAACGUAUAUUCUUGAUGGAUGAUAGAUGAUCAUCGAUUUCGUAAGAAAAAAUUGCCAACAGGCUUAAAGAAAUGAGAGACGAUUUUUACUUCAAAAAUGUUAUUCUCUCUUUAAAAUCAUAUACAUUCACAUGCACGCUUCUUAUUUCUUAUUCCAUUUUUCAUUUUUCUUCAAACCCAUUUAUUUUUCUUUUAUAUUUCUUAAUCUCAUUAAUUUAUGAUAAAUAAUGAUAUAUCGUGACAUUAGAAUAAAGAGGAUGGAAUCCGUGAAGAAUUAGACUAUAACUUAUAUUAAAAGAAUUGAAUAUUACGAAGCGCUUGGAACAAUUUUUUAAAUAAAAAAUCAUUAAUAAACUAUGCAUUACAUAGUGAUCGACCUAUUAUUACAGUUAUUAAAUUUGAUGACAAAGACAUAUUAUACUUAUAAAACUUGUACACAUGUAGACUUCGUACACUUGGAUAAAGAUAUAUAUCUAAAGUGUAUCAUUCUUUACUAUAUACUUUGAAUCUCUAUAUAUUUAUUACUAUUAAAUAAAUGUGAUGCUAUUAGUGCAUUUAAAGUAUUGUAUAACAAAUUAUCUAAUUAUUCUUGCAAUAUCUCUAUAACGUAGAAAUAAUUCGUUUUUACUAAUCGUUUUACCUAGAUAGUCUACAA